UCUAUAAAAACGAAAAUCGCGGCUGAGAAAUCUUUUCAGUUAAAGUUCGUACCCGACCGGAGCUAGAUCAAGGUUUUCGGGGAUCCUGGGCAAGCGUUCGUCCGUUUUUGAAGCUUUUUAGGAAGUUCGGCUACGAUCGGUUCCUUUCUCUAUUGGAAAGGUACAGGGGAGAAGGGAGUGAUCGCCAAUCACUGACUGUUUGUGGAGUGUAUGCGUAUAUGUCCCUGUCUCUUUCUUGUGUGUGUGCGUGUGUGUGUGUAGUACGUGUCUUGCCGCUCGACUAGAGACGGAUAAUUGCUGCGCCACGUGGUCGUGCUCGGUACCGACAAAGUGUUUCCGUUGCGUGUCUCGUUGAAUGUUUGUCCGUGUGUAGUGUGUGUGUGUGUGCAAGUAGUAAACCUAUUUGUUUGACCGACCGCACCAAACAAAACGACAUCACACAGCAUCCCCACACCAUCAUUCUGCCCGCGCGAUCACGGCCGACCAACACACCCGUCGGAUAGCCAAUUCGCUCCCGGACGCUCAUGCCAUGCGCAGCUCAAUCUCUCAGCUCUUCUCGGCAGCGUCAGACCACGAUGCCGGAGGGCGCAACGCACAUCAGCUACAGGCGGCCGGUACGGGAACUCCCACACAGUGCACUAACGGCUAUGCAGGACACAGUGGAUCAAUUAAAGAUGUAUCAAAGACAGACUGGAAUUCCCGCAUCGGGGACGGAACAGCGCAGCUCAACGGGACUCUCGGGCGAGGGACGUCCGAAACGGCAGAGACCGACUCAUCAGGGACCGGGGGGAUGCGGGACGCGUUGGAGGGGCCGGGCUCAGCGCAGAACGACGCUAUUCACCUCAAGAGACGGGUGGGACUCUUCAGUGGGGUUGCUUUAAUUGUCGGUACCAUGAUUGGGUCCGGAAUUUUCGUGUCGCCAUCUGGUUUACUGGUGCGAACUGGUUCCAUUGGUGUGAGCUUUAUCAUUUGGAUGGCCUGUGGAUUGCUCUCGUUGUUAGGUGCAUUGGCGUACGCUGAGUUAGGCACGAUGAAUACUUCGUCCGGAGCAGAAUGGGCAUACUUUAUGGACGCGUUCGGGGCCUGGCCCGCCUUCCUGUUCUCGUGGGUGUCGACGCUGGUGCUGAAGCCGUCCCAGAUGGCGAUCAUCUGCCUGUCGUUCGCGCAGUACGCGGUCGAGGCGUUCGUGUCCGAGUGCGAUCCGCCGCUGAGCGUGGUGAAGAUGGUUGCGAUCCUUGCGAUCGUGAGCAUCCUGUUCGUGAAUUGCUACAGCGUGAACCUGGGCAUGGCCGUGCAGAACGUGUUUACGUCGGCGAAGCUGAUCGCGGUGCUGAUCGUGAUCUGUGGCGGUGCGUACAAGCUGUGCCAGGGCAACACGCAGCAUCUGCAGAAUGCAUUUAGCGGCACUACGCCGUCGCUGGGUGCGAUCGCGACCGCUUUCUACACCGGCCUGUGGGCGUACGACGGUUGGAACAAUCUGAACUACGUGACGGAGGAGAUCCAGAAUCCGAGCAAAAAUCUUCCCCGCUCGAUCAUCAUCGGCAUCCCGCUGGUGACGCUGUGCUACGCGCUGAUCAACGUCUCCUACCUGGCCGCCAUGUCGCCGACGGAGAUGAUCGAGUCGGAAGCGGUCGCGGUCACGUUCGGCAACCGCAUACUGGGCGUGAUGGCGUGGCUGAUGCCGCUGAGCGUCACCAUCAGUACGUUUGGCAGUGCGAACGGCACGCUGUUUGCGGCGGGACGACUGUGCUUUGCUGCCAGCCGCGAGGGCCACCUGCUGGACAUACUGUCCUACGUGCACGUUCGUCGUCUAACACCGGCGCCUGGGCUAAUCUUUCACUCGCUUAUUGCCGGUGCGAUGGUGCUGUACGGUACGAUCGAUUCGCUGAUCGACUUCUUCAGCUUCACCGCCUGGAUCUUCUACGGUGGCGCCAUGGUCGCCCUGAUCGUGAUGCGCUACACCAAACCGAACUACCCCCGACCCUACAAAGUCCCACUUAUCAUUCCAAUUUUGGUUAUGGUCAUUUCCGGCUACCUUGUGGCGGCUCCCAUCAUCGAGAAGCCGCAAAUCGAGUACCUGUACGCAGUGCUGUUCAUACUGGCUGGGCUGAUCUUCUACGUACCCUUCGUGCACUACGGCUACCAUCCAAAGUUCAUGGACAACGUUACCCUCUUCUUCCAAAUGCUGUUUGAGGUGGUGCCCACGACGUCGAUGGCAAUGUUUGACUAGGAUUGGAUACCACCACUACCACCCGCCACCCCCGCCGCCACCAUAUAGACCGGGGCAACAGACAAAAAGAAACUCCCAACACUGCUCAAUGCAUCCAAUGCAGCAGCAAAAUGGCACAAAACAACAACAAGUCGUCUAUCUAUAAUCGCCAACGAACUUGCAUCCACUCACUACUCCUGCUACUACUACUACGACUAGCGCAUAACUUUCUCCCGCGUGUUUGCGCGUGGUACACCCGCCCCCCCAAUUGCGAUCGUGACAUUAGUAAUACUUAGCUAUGUUAGUAGUAGUUUUCUAGUAGUAGCAACGGCAGCAGCAGCAGCCGACGUCCUAUCAGCAGCAGCAGCAGCAGCAGCAGCAGCAGCAGCAGCAGCAGUAGUUUAUAUAUAUGUGUGUGUGUUUGUGUAUGCGCUACAUACUUAACCUUUCAGGCGCUUCUUCCUGGGCGUGACAAUGGCGCAACGUCGCGUGGAAUACGCGUGUGCGUGUGCGCGAGCAAUAUGGGCAAUUUAUUCGCAACAAAAACAUAGCAAUAAUGGACUCUGUCGUACUGUAUACCUUCUCCCAUGAUUAUGCUGAUGAUGCUGGUGAAGACUACCCGAAGGCAAUAACCAUUGAUGGCUUUCGCUUUAUACACUAUUGGAGCAACGUAGCGUGACGAUGAUGAUGAUGGAACGAUCCAGUGUUUAUUGAACUGGUUGGGAACAGCAUAGGUUUCGGGAAGAUGUUAAGGCCGGGCUACAUUGACCGUACUCGCAGGUGUAAUUUUGAUUUUCACUAGCGCAUCUGGCGGCGGCUGGUGGAAGCAUUUUUUCAUCUUCAAGGGAAUGGUCGUGCCGGAUCUCAAAAUUAAUUAGUUUUUUCGCCGUUUUUCGAUGCGAAAACGGCUGAAAUACUUGCACAACAUAUUCAUCUAUCAAUUACAAAGCUUUUCCAGUCCAGUUAAGGUAAAAAACAUGGAAAAAUAACAUAUUUUCUGAAGCGGCUCCAAGUUGUUUGGAAAAAUGCUUCGGUCAGCCGCCGCCAGAUGCGCUAGUGAAAAUCAAAAUUACACCAGAGAGUACGAUCAAUGUAGCCCGGCCUUUAGAGGAAGCUUUCUUUCUUUCGCCAGUAAAAGUGGAGUUCUUUUAGCUGCUGGGGGGAAAAGCAGGGGUCAAACCACAGUUGUAACCGACUGCUGUACGCGUUGCCAAACAUUUACGGUGGGAAAUUUCGAUUUGAAAUCCCACCGGGUAAAACAGAACUUUUCGGAGUUGCUUUCAAGGGAGUUUUUGUGUGUUUUUAAAAGUUGCUUUCACCCCACAAAAGACUCGUUUGUUUGGUUUUGUUUUUUGUUUUUAAGGACAACGAUAAAGACAGCACUAUCACGAAGGCGCAGAGGUUACAUUUAGUUGGUAAAGGAGAAGAUCAAGAAAUCAUGCAAUAAGAGGGGGACGACGAACACACAAUUAACCUUUUUACUCUCUCUCUCUCUCUUUAUGAAAGCUGCACGGAUCAUUCCCGAAUGGUCGUUUUUGUGUUUAGUGUUUUAUUUUUGGCGUUUUUUUUUGUGUGGAGUUCACUCCAGAUGUGAUGAUGGACCAGAGUGAAACGACCAUUUUCUGUCAUCGGCUUAGUGCAGGAGUCGAUGAUGAGCACGUGCCCUCCCACCAAUGCUGCGAAAGGGAAGAAAAAAGGGCAGUUUGGAAUGCUGUGUGUGUGUGUGUGUUUGUUUGGAUUCGAUCGGUGCACCAACGGAGCUAUCAUUCCGCACCGAAGGAUCUCGGAAGCAAACACACAAACACAAAAUGUACCCCCCUCGAAUGCCUUUGAUUGGAGGAGUUCCUUUGUGCUUAAAACUCAUCUUGGCUUACAAGCUCCAAAUAUUGAAUAUCGUUAAUGAGAGCUGGUUUUUUUUCUGUUGGAGUUCCCGGGGCUUUUGUUUCUUAAAGAUGCAAAACACACACACGCGGAGACACCGGGAGGAAAGUAGUUUGGGGUAGAAAACGACAGCGGUAGCAAAACCAAAGAACAAAACAACACCAAAACGGAACGGAAAUUUGGAUUUUGAUGCAGAGGUGGGGGGAAAGGGGGGAGAAAGCUUUUGCUGCGCGAGAGAAAGCAGCUAGAAGGGGGAGAGAAAAAGCAUGAGCGAAGGAGAGGAAACGUGACACUAAAGAUAACCAAAAAGAAAAGGAAUCAAACCCAUAUACAAUCAUUAAUUUAUCAAACAAUCCGCCUUCCCUUUUUGAAUAUUUGAAGCAAAGGAGCGUUACAAGUGGCUAAAAGAAAAGGGAAAAGAAAGGGGAGGGGAAACCAACCCCCCGAAGAGUCUGUGUGUGUGUGGUGGAUGUGU